UCGACCGAUGACGGGUUACAACAAAUUUGAAGUCAAGGAUUUGACUUCAAAUCCUCCUGCGGAGAUAAAGUCAGCUGGAUUGCUCGACAAAAAAGGGCAAGCCCCUCCUCAUCGGCCGUUGGUGCCAACACAUCCUAGAUUUCAUGCAUUGCAUGGCCACAGUUGUCUUCGGCAGGCAGCGAAUGUGGCGUCAUCCACGCCAAGGAGGCUUUCGAGAGCUGAAGUGGAUGCAAUGCUCAAACGCCUAUCGGCCCCUAGAAGAAGCAGACCGGAAAAUUGCCCGAGAAGUUCCGAGGUUUCCUCAAAAGCAGGCCCAUCGUCGGCUCAGAUUGCUCUGUUCCCUCCUGGCUGAAUGUGAGCUGAAGCUCAGCUCGACUGGAAUUGGAAGGAGUGGAGCAAAGUCGGACAAAUUCCGAGAGCGGAGAUCAGCGUAAUUAACACCAAAACCUAUUUUUGGAUAACUAUGUCUUUAUUAGUUGCUCUGUAUCUAAUCGUACUUUGACC